AUGCAUUCAGCACACCGGCGUGACAGUUGCAUCGUAGCGACGAUGGUGGUAAAUUCGAUUGGCAGUGCUAUUCCACGCGGGUCCGUCGAACGUAGCCAGCUCGCGCAGAAUCGCUGGAAUCCGUACACAUCCGGAGGACUCGAACCGACCAUGCCGCUAGCACCCGGGUACGGCUCACCGUACGACAUCCCGCCGGGUGCAUCGUUUUACGCGGGCCACCCGAUGCACCAUCCGGUGCAUUCGCUUGUUGCUGCCGGUGACGGAUCGCAAGGGUACGGUAUGAAGUUCAGCUCGUCAGCCGACGGGUAUGGUGCCAGCGCUCACGGUAGCUCCGGCGGGUACGAUUAUCAUCCACCACCUCCUCCACAUCCACCGCCCCAUCCAGCCCCACCGCCAUCCAUCAUCCAUUCGCUUCCUCCACUGUGGCCAUCAUCGUCGCACCACGGGAAGUCCGGUAAGGGCAAAGGUGCAGCACUGUCCGCACUUACCCUGCUGGCAUUUCUGUACUUCCUGAACCUGCUGCAAAGCUGCCUCAAGGAACACAUGGAAACAAUGAACCCGACCGUAAUGGUCAUGACGGCCGGUGCAACACGGCGCAAGGACAUUGCCACAAGCCUCGAGCAAAGCUCGUCAUCGGUGGAAGACGCACCCCGGGAAGAGUCCUAUUCCGACGGACCGGAUGUGGAUGCUAUUGACCGCUACGAAGGACUUUCCCAUCGCUAUCAACUGCUCACAUCGUCCAACGGCACACGGAACCCGUUCGCGGCGCAACCUAAACGCUCCAAUCGCCCAACAGCGACACAAACUCGCAAAAAGCAAUCUUCCAGUACGGUUUACAGCGUGAAAAGGAACCGACCACCAACGCAACAUACCGGAAGUGAUUGGUACGAUCGUAGCUAA